CAAAUGUCGUGACCGUUGGUGUGGGCAUUGCGGGGACAUAGUACCCAAAUCAACGUAUUAUGAUCACCUGAAGAUGUACGGAGCUGCAAUGUGCAACCAAGGCAACGAUGCUGAGCUGUCUGGAGCGUGUAACGCAAAGAAACAAAAGCUGAUGGGACAGUCAGACUCAGUCUCAGAUGGACCGUCACCUAAUGAUCAUGGCACAGAAGAAAGGCUUCCCUCAGAUGUGGACAACACACACACCAACCAACUGAUGACAGAACUCAGCAAGAUUCCUGUUCAAGGUAUGGAGCCAACAUUCCACAAUGUUGGUAGUGAAAGCUUUGAGAUACUGGAAGCUUUUGUCAGAGACAUGACAGAAGAUCUGGUCAAAGGUUAUAAAAAAGCAGAGGACCAACUGACCAAUCUCCUUCUGAAUGUGGAUGCGCAACCAACAGAUGACAGCGGCAGAAGAGGGGAGGCAGUGCAGUAUGUGCUCCAGUGCCUUCAACUUCUGGACAAGCAUGCUCAGAUCUAUGUGGAAGAAAGGCUGCACAACAUAAAGUUCAGAGAUAACACAGACAAGCUGCAGGAGGAAGAAGCUGCCCUACAAGAGUUACUCUCUCAGUUAAAAGCUGGCUUGAGUGGUACAUCCCAUGGUGGUAAUGACGACGAAUCUUCAAAACCAACAACAUCACCAGGCAGUGAUAUUGAGCAUUCUGAUGAAGAAAUCUGGUGGGACACAGUCGAGAACCUUGGGCACAAGGAAGUGCAGGAUGGAAGAAUAGAAGAGGACAGCAGUGACUCUGAGCAAGAGAUGGAAGUGGAGCAAGUGGAGGAAGAGGAAAACAGUGGUACCUUGUCAUGGAUGCACACAUUUCUGUUGUAUUUAACUGUUUGGAAAACAAACUAUAACAUUUCAGAUAAUGCCAUGGUAGGAUUGCUGUGUGUGAUAGGAUUCAUUCUGAAUAUGCUUGGCUGCCUCCUGAAUAUUGAAGUGAUCAAGAACCUUGCAACAAUGUUUCCUCGAACCAUGUAUAUGCUGCGAAAGAAAUUGAGUGUUCAAAGGGAUGAUUUUACUCGUUAUGUGGUGUGUCCAACAUGUGACUCUGUGUACACCGUGGAUGAAGCCACAAAAGUAGUAAGGAAUGGAAGAGGAAAGGUUGUCAAAAGAAAAUCUCAGAAGUGCUCCUUUGUUGAAUUCCCCAGGCAUUCACACAGAAACUUCCGCCGUCCUUGUGGCACUUUGCUCAUGAAAACAGUAGUUGGCAAAAAUGGUGUUGAGUAUGUACGCCCCAAGCGCACAUUUUGUUAUCGCAGUAUUAUAGACUCACUAUCAGAUUUAGUUAAGAGACCAGGAUUUUUGAAGAAAUGUGAAGAAUGGAGAGGCCGUAAUGUUCCAGAGGGUGUCUUUGGUGAUAUAUAUGAUGGAAAUGUGUGGAAAGAUUUCCAGCAUUACGAUGGCAAACCUUUUUUGUCUGAACCGUAUAAUCUAGGAUUUAUGAUGAAUGUUGAUUGGUUUCAACCAUAUGACAAGGUAAAGGAUUCCAUUGGUGUUAUCUAUCUGGUUGUCAUGAAUUUACCAAGAGAAGAGAGAUUUAAGAAGGAAAACAUCAUCGUUGUUGGUAUUAUACCAGGUCCAAAAGAGCCCAAAAUGCACAUCAAUUCUUUUCUAAAGCCAUUAGUCAAAGAAUUAGAAGAAUUGUGGGAAGGUGUAUUUCUCCAUGACACAUCAGCUAUAGGUUUGAACAUGUAUCGUGGAGCUUUAUUAUGUCUGUCAAGUGACAUCCCAGCCACCAGGAAAACGGGAGGCUUUCUUGGACAUAUGGCAAAGAAAGGGUGUUCGAAGUGUCUGAAGUCAUUUUUCCGUACCAGGGAAAACACAGUUGAUUAUUCAGGGUUUGACGUAGAUGAUUGGGAACCCCGUACAAAUGAUUUGCACAAAGAGUAUGCACAGAGAGCAAAAUUGGCGAAGAAUAAUGCAGAAAGGGAAAGAUUGGAGGGAUUGUUUGGAGCCAGACACAGCAGCUUGCAUGACUUGCCAUAUUUUGAUGCAGUGAGAAUGCACGUUGUUGACCCCAUGCAUAAUAUACUGGAAGGGACAGCUAAAAGAAUGAUGCAGGUGUGGAAAGAAAAGAAGAUUUUGUCUCCCGCAGCUUUUAAAGUCAUUCAAGCCAGAGUGGAUGGUAUGAAAAUCCCCUCCGAUCUUGAUUCAGGUCUCCCUCAUAAGAUCGAAGCAUCCUUUGAAGGGUUUACAGCUUCACAAUGGAAGCUGUGGGUCUGUACGUACUCUCUUUUUGCUUUGAAAGGGGUGCUAGGAGAAACAGAUUAUAACAUAUGGAAAUGUUUUGUUGCUGCUGCAAGGGUGCUCUGUAGUAGAAUAAUAACAGCCAGACAACUGGAGGAUGCUCAUCAGUGUUUGAAAAUAUUCUGCAACAGUUUUGAGCGACAAUAUGGGAAAAAAUGGUGUACAAUGAAUCUGCACCUCCACCUUCAUCUUAAACAAUGUGUGGAGGACUACGGCCCAGUCCAUUCAUUUUGGUGCUUUGCCUUUGAAAGGGCCAAUGGCACUUUAGGGGAUUACCAUAAUAACAACAAGGAUGCUGAAAUCAUUAUGAUGAGGAAGUGGCUGUUCAACUGGCAGGUGUUCUCACAACUUAGCAGUGCUAUGACACAGAACGAUGUACCACCUGAGCUUUUCCCAUCUAAACCCUCCAGGGCAGAUCAUGUGUUAACUUUAGAUCAGAUACAGAUCACAAAGAGACUGGCCGAGAGGAAUGAUUUACUUGCAGAUUUCUCGUACAACGAUUGUGAAACAAUACUCCCUCCAGUAAAGUCUUGUAGUAUGACAUAUGAUGAUAACAGGGAGUUACUGGCUAUGUUUAAAACCUUAUAUUCCCACAACAUUGUAAAUAGAGUGUCUUUAAUGUGUAAGCAGUUCGAUAGGUGUUCAGUUGGUGGAGAUUUAUUAUCCUCAGAAAAUUAUAGAACGGAUAAGGCUUCCUGUGUAUAUGCAAAAUGGUUUAAGAGCCAAGAAAGGACAGGCAAUCCCAUGAUCGACCCCACUGCUGAUGCAAGGCCUGGGCUGAUUGUCAGAAUGUUAACGGUUUCUGUUUACCUCAAUGAUAAUGAUCAUGAGAAGAAGGUACAGCACACAGUAGCGGAAGUAAAAUGGUUUAUGGAACAUGGGGAUAGAUACCAUUAUGGCAGAAAAGACAUGUGUUCUCUCUGGGAUGUUAGCUUUGAAGACUCUUCACCUGCCUCUUUCCUACCUCUGACAAGAGUUCUCUCUCGUUGUGCGUAUUCAAAAUCAAAAGUCCAACUGCCACCUACAAGGGAAGAGACUGUAUACACCAUUGUACCUCUGUUGUCUGUUAGAUGUUUUUAAAUUAUGAAUAUUAUGCUAUGUGUAUGAGAUAUUAAGAUAUAUUAUGCUAUGUGUAUG